GCGAUCACGAAAGUCUGUACCAAAGCAAAAGUCUAAAAACAACAGAGAACCAACUAGUUGAUCUCAUCCAAAUAACAAAUUCAGCUAUACAUAGCGACUACUCUCCAGAUAUCCUACUAGGAAUUAUUUCAGAAGCCCAAACAACUACAAUCAACCAACUACUCAAAGUGGUCCAAAGAAAAUAUACACCUACCACACUGAUUCCACAUAAAAUCGAUAAAGCAAUCUAUAAAGACAUCUGGAUACCAAGAUGCCAAAAUGCAGCAAAUCACAACACAACAACCUUGAUAUCUCAGAACCCACCAAUUAUCACAAGCAACCCAGUUACAAAUACAGGCGAACAAAAAAUAAAAGUCAAAGAAACAUCCAAAAGAAAACUACCUGAGGAAUACUUUGCAAAUCUGGAUCUCCUUCCAACAAAUUUAGCCAACCUCCACCUUGCAGUAAGAGACCUAUUUCUCAUUACUGAUAGAAAAUGCCUUAAAGACCUAGGCAAGUAUAGAAGAAAACUUAGCCAAUACUAUGAAGUCAAAACAAUUUCACCCAACUACUUUGACCUGCCACCACCAAAAACUCGUCUGCCCCUGGCAUACUAA